GUGGAGACGCUUAUGGAGGGACCACAUGGAGCACGUAUGAUCCACACAGGGCCAGACACACGCCUUGAGGGGGAUCUUGGAGACCAGGAUACUGAUCUUCAACCUGAAGGGCACAGCAUCGAGCUUGCAGGUGUGGAAGGCAGCGAUGGAUUGCAAGAGAUCCGAGUGCUAGAGAUGGGGGCUAUGAAGGAAGAGCCACUUGAUGUUGAGAUUAAACGGGAGGAGGAUGUGGACCCCAAUAAGAGGAAGCUGCCACCUCGGAGGAGGGGUGCUAGGUAUGAGAAGAUGAUGCAAGCCCUGAAGAGGCCAGAGUAUGAUGAUGACGAUGACUUCUCUAUGGGCGAGGAGGAGGACAUUUCCCCAGAUUACUUGACGUAUCGCAGGCCAGCCCCAGCACCCAGACCAAGGGGUACUUCUGGGCCAGGAAAACGAGGCCGCCCUCGCAAGCACUGGCCAGUACCUGAGGGAAUAGUGAAGGUGGAACCGGAGCCAACUGAUCCCCAACAGCUGAUCACGAGUGACCUGGAGGGAACACAGCUGGAUGAGGUCACACCCGGCGACCUCAUGAGCAGCAUGGUGGUGAAGAGUGCCAACCUCAUGGGGGCAGAAAAACACAACCUCCUCAUCACCUUCCAGAAGCCAGAGACAGGCGAGAUGGUCAUCACCAUGCUGCCUCCACCUCCCACGUCCACUUCGUCCUCUGCUACUGCCUUGCAGCAUCAUCAUCCUGAGCAACAACAGCAUCAGCAUGACCUCCAUGACCAUACCACAACAGAAGGAACACAGACUGAAGAAGACAUUGGACUGGGUACAGACGACGUUGUAAGUGUAGAUGGGCACAAGUGUGAGGCGUGUGGUGAAGUAAUUCCUUUCAAGCGGGACUACAUCCGGCACCUCAGACAGAAACACAAUCUGCGUCCUUUUGAGUGCGACCAGUGUGGUAAGACUUGCACCUCACACGUGGCACUGGAGGCCCACCACAAGAUGCACGGGUUGGAGCGCCCCCAUCGUUGCGACCACUGUGGCAAGGGCUUUGUAGACCCAUCGCACCUGAAAACUCACGUCCUCACACACACUGGUGAGAGGCCCCACCGGUGUCAGCAUUGCCCUAAGACUUUUGCCCAGGCUUCACAACUCAAAAAACAUUUGGCCAUUCAUGAGGAGGCACAUCAGUACCGUUGCUCCGUAUGUAGCCGCACUUUUGCUCACCGAGACACACUUUACACACACAUGAAAACCCAUACAUCCAAUCGUCCCUUCAUCUGCGAUAUCUGCAGCCUGGGCUUUGUGACAAGCAGUGGCCUCAAUCGCCAUAGGAAGGUCCACAAGAGAUCUAGUGAUCCUGUGGGAGGCUUAGAGGAUGAGCUCAAGUGCAGUGUGUGUCAAGCCAACUUCACCUUCAAACGGACUCUGACCAAGCACAUGAGCACUGUCCAUGGUGAUCGUGUCAUGGUGAAGGAGGAAGAUGAGGCAGAGGUAAAGCCCUUCCAGAAUGAAAACUCAAUUGUGGAACAGCUUCAGGAGCAGCUGAAUGAGGGCUAUGCACCCAAGACAUCAGAGUUGUAUGAUGAGCCAAAACAAUCAGAAACACUGGAGAGCAAAUUUCCCACAAACCCCUUUAAAUGUGGAAUUUGUGAGGAGUCCUUCACUGAUGUGGAUGUCCUCUGUGACCACUAUACAAACUGUCACACUGGUGAACAGGAGGUUUACUGUGAUGUAUGUAGUGUUGGUUGUGCCACAGAACAGCAGCUGGAGCAACACAAGCAGCUGCAUCUGGUCGAAGAACAGCAGUCCAUCAUCCACACCAUGCCAACUGAGGAGUUCCCUUAUGUGUGUCAGAUCUGUGGCAAGAAUUUCAAGAAACACCAGGAGUGGGUCCGUCACCACAGAGUCCACACACAAGAAAAGAACUACAAGUGCGACUUGUGCAAUGCCAGCUUCCCCCUUAAGUCUGCCCUAGAUAAGCAUGUUCUUGUCCACACUGGUGAGCGACCUUUCAAGUGUGACAUCUGCCUGAAGAGUUUCCGCCAGAGUGCAGCAUUGGUGAGACACAAACUCUGGACCCACCGGCUCAAGAACCAGAACAAAUGUGAGAUUUGUGGUAAAACCUUCUUCACCCCUGCACUGCUCAUGUAUCACUUGGACAGCCAUGGAGAUGCAGGUCAGAGGGUCAAGUCACGGCUUGCUGAGGUGCCAGAGGGCGAGGAGCAACAGUUGCUUGACCAAAACAUGGGUCAGGGAGUAGAAGGGAUGGAAGACAUAAGAAUGGAAGACAAUGUCCGCCACAGUUGUGAGCACUGUGGCAAGAACUUUCCCAGCUAUGUCGCCUUACUCACACACAAGCUGUCACACAAGCUCUCAGCCUCUUACAAGUGUGAUGUGUGCCACCGUACGUUCCGUGAAAAAAGGUAUCUCCAGAAGCACAAGCUCACACAUAAAGGAGUCAAGAGUUGGAAGUGUGAUAUCUGCAAGAAAGCCUUUGCAACCAAGCUGACACUCAUUCGCCACUCUCACGUGCACCUGCGGGAGGCCCUGCGGCCAGGUCCAGAGCUACCCUUUAUUCCUGAAGAGGGAGAGGAGGGGAGUGAGACUAUGGGGGGAAGCACCCUCCCAUCUGUCCUGAAGUGUGAUGAGUGUGGGAUUGACUUUGCCCACAAGAGCCACUUUGUUAGGCAUAAACUCCUCCACUCAGGCACACCACUGCUCAAGUGUGGACUGUGCAACAGACUCUUUGUGCACAAGAGUGAUAUCAUCCGACAUAAAGUUAUGCAUUCUUUUAUGUUCACUUGUGAUGUCUGUGGCCGUAACUUUCAUAAGAGAUCAUUAUUUAUUAUGCACAAAAAGAAACAUGUUGAUGACAAACCCUUUAAAUGUGAGUGUGGUAAGAGUUUCUCCACCAGUGGGAACUAUAACACUCAUAAAAGGAUUCAUAGUGGUGAGAAACCUUACAAAUGUGAUCAGUGUGAUUAUAGGUGUUCUCAGAGUGGCCGCUUGCUGAAACAUAAGAGAAUGCACAGUGGGGAGAAGCCCUUCCAAUGUAAUACAUGUGGAAAGUACUUUGCCAAUGCAGAGUCUGUCAAGAUCCACAUGAGGAUCCACACUGGAGAGAGACCCUUCAAGUGUGGUAAUUGUGGCAAGACCUUCAUCAACAACAGCAGCCUGAACCAGCACAUGCGGGACCACAUUCGUGAGGAGAUGUUUAAGUGUGACAUGUGCAGCCACAAAUUCCGCCGCGAGCACCACCUGGCUAAGCACAGGCAAAUCCAUCACCUGAGACCCCAAUACUCCAACACUGGAAUGGGUUUAGAAGCUGAUGGUAAUGUGGAAGCCCACUUGUACAUGUGUGAGAUCUGUGGACGAGUGUUUGAUAAGAAGAAAUACCUUUACACACAUCACAAUGUACAUUCUCGCCAGAGGAACUUCCCAUGCAAUGUUUGUGGCAAGCAGCUAGCUUCCCGCUUGGCACUUAAGAACCACAAUCUCAUCCACACGGGUCAAAUGCCCUUCAAGUGCCCACUGUGUGACAAGGAAUUCCGAAGCUCGUCCAACCAGAAGCGUCACACACGGACGCACACAACGCAGGAUGUGUUGCGAUGUGAUGUAUGUGAUGAGACCUUCUACAGCACCGACCUUUUAAGCCAGCACAAAGCCACCCACAUGCAAGGGAUGAUGAUGAUGAACCCCGGUGUGGAGGGGGUCACCAGCACAGAUAACUCACACCAUUUGUACGUGUUUGAGACAGUGGGCGAGGUGGGUGAGGCGAUGGACUCCACACAGCAGCUUCUGGUGGACAACAACCAACAGCAGUUCUUGGUUGAUGGGUCGCAGCCUCUGCUGGUGUUCCCGGAGACUGCAAACACGCCGUACUCGGAGCUGGCUGAAGCACCUGAUCCAGAGCCGGAACAGCCGGACCCGGAGCAUCAGCCGCAACCCGAGGUCAUUAUGGUGCAGGAGAAGAUGGACGAGCAUGAGGAGGAGGAGAGGAUCGUUGAGAAACCGUUCCGCCGCUGUGAUGGUGGGUUC